AGGAGAGGAUGGCUGGUGACGCUCUUGCUGACUGCAGCGCUUUUCAGUAAUAAUCCAGUGGUCUCUGCCUUUUCUUCCCCCCCUCUGUCUCUGUCUGAAGAAGGUCGUUUGAAAGGGAGGGACGCACCUAUUUUUAUUUUAUUUAUGUUAUUUGAAAUGAACAGCGGUGAUAAGAGACAUUCAUGAAGCAAGCAGUCCCAGCAAUUUCGUGCAUUUUGGAUUUGUAUUAGUAAAACAAAAGAACGCUUUACAAGAAGAGUCCUUCGUCGAUUUUCCCUUGUAUGCGGCUUUGAGGCGAAGACAGGAAGAAACUUGCGGUCGAUCGCCUGACACGCGUUUAGAAGAUGAAUGUUCCUUUUCCGAUAUUAGUGACACUUGGAUGCCUGGUUUGUUCCAUUGGUGCUCAGCAAGAGGGCAAUGAGUGUACAAAAUCCAAUGCAAAAUCCUGUGGUGAGUGUAUACAAGUGGCAGCAAACUGUGGAUGGUGUACCAAGCCUGACUUCUUAAAACAAGGGGAACCUACAUCGGCACGAUGUGAUGACUUGGAAUCUUUGAGAAAACGCUGUCCUGACGACAUGAUAGAGAACCCUCGUGGAACACAAAAAGUGUUGCAGAACAAGCCAGUGACCAACCGCAGCCAGAAUUCUGAAAAAUUAAAGCCAGAAGAAAUUACCCAGAUUCAGCCACAGAAAAUGACUCUGACGCUUCGAUCAGGUGAACCACAGUCUUUUGAGCUGAAGUUCAAAAGAGCAGAAGAUUACCCUAUUGAUCUGUAUUAUCUUAUGGACCUCUCAUUUUCUAUGAAAGAUGAUUUAGAAAAUGUGAAAAACUUAGGAACAAGCCUGAGGGAAGAAAUGUCUCUCAUUACCUCAGAUUUUAGAAUUGGUUUUGGCUCUUUUGUUGAGAAAACUGUGAUGCCCUAUAUUAGCACCACUCCAGCAAAGCUCUUGAAUCCUUGUACUGGGGAUCAGAACUGCACCAGUCCCUUUAGUUAUAAGAAUGUACUAAGUCUUACCAGUGAUGGAAACCAGUUUAACACACUGGUCGGUAAGCAGCAGAUUUCUGGAAACCUGGAUUCACCUGAAGGGGGUUUUGAUGCAAUCAUGCAGGUGGCAGUGUGCAGUGACAUUAUUGGUUGGAGAAAUGUCACACGACUCUUGGUGUUCUCUACGGAUGCUGGUUUCCACUUCGCUGGGGAUGGGAAACUAGGUGGGAUAGUCUUGCCAAAUGAUGGAAAGUGUCACCUGAAAGAUGGCAUGUACACCAUGAGCCAUUAUUAUGAUUACCCUUCCAUUGCACAUCUUGUGCAAAAAUUAAGUGAGAAUAACAUUCAAACAAUUUUUGCUGUCACUGAGGAAUUCCAGCCUGUUUACAAGGAACUAAAGAAUCUCAUACCAAAGUCUGCUGUGGGAACCCUUUCUGCGAACUCCAGCAAUGUUAUCAAAUUGAUUAUCGAUGCUUAUAACUCACUAUCUUCAGAAGUUAUCCUAGAGAAUGGCAAAUUACCCGAGGGCAUGACUAUUAACUAUGUUUCUUACUGCAAAAAUGGAGUCAUUGGGACAGGAGAAAAUGGAAGAAAAUGCUCUAACAUUUCAAUUGGCGAUGAGGUGAUGUUUAAUAUCAGCAUUACAGCACAGAAAUGUCCUAAGAAGGGUCAGAGUGAAACCAUUCGAAUUAAGCCACAGGGCUUCAAUGAAGAAGUUGAGAUCACUGUUAAUUUCAUCUGUGAAUGUGAAUGUCAUAAUCAAGGAAUUCCCAACAGCCCUAUCUGUAAUAAUGGCAAUGGUACAUUUGAGUGUGGGGCAUGCAGGUGCAACGAAGGACGUAUUGGUAGAGUAUGCGAGUGUAGCACAGAAGAGGUGAACAGUGAUGACUUGGAUGCCAACUGUAGAAAGGACAACAGCACAGAUAUCUGCAGUACCAAUGGAGACUGUAUCUGUGGAGAAUGUGUUUGUAAAAAAAGGGAAAAUCCAAAUGAGAUCUUCAGUGGGAAAUACUGUGAAUGUGACAACUUUAAUUGUGACAGGUCAAAUAAUAAAAUAUGUGGAGGGCAUGGUGACUGCGAGUGCAGGGUGUGCAAAUGUUAUCCUAACUAUACAGGCAGUGCCUGUGACUGCUCAUUGGACACAUCUACAUGUUUAGCAAAGAAUGGACAAAUCUGUAAUGGCCGGGGAAUUUGUGAAUGUGGCACCUGCAAAUGUACUGAUCCCAAAUUUCAGGGCCCAACAUGUGAGAUAUGCCCUACCUGUCCAGGAGUGUGCACUGAGCACAAGGAAUGUGUGCAGUGUCGGGCAUUUGAAACUGGAGAGAAGAGAGAAACAUGUCCAACAGAAUGCAUGUACUUCAACCUGACAAAAGUGAGCAACAGAGACAAGCUGCCUCAGCCAGGCCAGGCAUCUGCCCUAACUCACUGCAAAGAACGAGAUGCUCGAGACUGCUGGUUCUACUUUACCUAUGCCGUUAACAAUUCUGAAAGUGACAUUCAUGUUCAUGUAGUGGAAAAACCAGAGUGCCCCUCUGGUCCUGACAUAGUUCCCAUUGUGGCUGGUGUGGUUGCUGGCAUUGUACUGAUUGGCCUUGCUCUCCUGCUUAUUUGGAAACUUCUCAUGAUCAUCCAUGACAGAAGAGAGUUUGCCAAGUUCGAAAAGGAAAAGAUGAAUGCCAAGUGGGAUACUCAAGAGAAUCCAAUAUACAAGAGCCCAAUUAAUAAGUUCCAGAAUCCAAACUAUGGACGCAAAGCUGCUGCUCUCUGAGUCUCAGGGGAAAAUCCAAUUUAUAAGAGCGCUGUGACAACUGUGGUCAACCCUAAAUAUGAGGGCAAAUGAUGGAUUACUGCAAUGUAAUUUCUUU